AUGUCGUCGCAGAUCGAGGAAUUCGAAGAGCUGCUGCAACUGAACGAGGACUUCUGGGGCAAGUUCAAGGACAUGCCGUCGAUGGCUCUCGCCACAGAGAAGGAGGAUGUGCUGAUGAUCCUCCAGAACUUUGCGCUGAUCAGAAAGAGGCACAAUUGGCUCUUCCAGUUGCUGAAGGCCACGGUGCAUAGGACGCUGGACGCGUGGACCGCCCCGGAGCUGGCGGCUCUUUGCCAGAGCUUCGGUGAGCUGCUGUUCCUCCACGAGGAUCUGCUGUUGGCCAUGGCGCCCCAGGUCCUCGCCACCGGGAGUAUGGCUUGA